UUGAUUUUAUAUUUACGGUAUUUUUUUCAUCAAAAUCUUAUUCUAACGUUUAUGAUUAAUUUUACAAAAAUAUAAUAUGAAUAUGACUUCUUUUCCCGAAGACGACAGAUGUCCAAAAGUAUGCACAGAUAUCGGAGCCUUCAAAAAGGCCGAUAAAAGCCCAGAGAAAGCCUUAGAAGAAGUUAAAGAAUUAGAAAAACAAAAAUCUAAAGAACCGGAACAUGUUGAAACUUGUGAACCUAAAGAAGUAGAAACAAGACCAUAUCCUAUAUCAGGUGAAGAACAUCUUCCAAAUCUCAAACCGGGGCCCGAUGGAAAGGUUGAUUGGACGCCGCUUGCCAAGAUGACGGGCACAAGGCCAGCAGUUAAUAAGUAUAGCAUUAGCCGAUAUUCUUUAAGUGAAUGGAGAAAACAUAAUGAAAAUGUGCUUGAUCCUGAAAUUAUAACUGAAUCGAAUAUUGUAGAAUACAACGCUAAAACGUCUAUUAUGCAAGCAUUUGGUAACAUUGAUAAGCAACAAAGCGAAAACUUUAAAAGAUUACGACAAAAAGCAAAAGACAUAUUCAGAUGGAAAGUCGAAGUUGAACGAGCGUGUAAAGCGAUUACGGAAGAAGUGGAGUUUCUUGAAAUAGAGCGACAACGCUUGAAAGGAGCUUCAAGGGUACUUAUGUUACCUGAAUCUAUAUCUAAAGAAUGUUUAGACCUUCGAUCUAAUCGAUUUCAACCAGAUUUAGUAUCAGAUUUAGCAGAACAAGAGCUAAUUAAAGAAAUGAAUCUAGUGAGUGAAGUUCGGUCAACAUUGAAAAAUACACUUGAUAAAAUUGAAGAGCAAAUGGCUAUAAACAAGGCAGCAAAACAUAGAAUAGAAUAUGAUUGGUGUGAUAAAGCUAUGGCCUACAACACCGAAAGUAUAAACUUAAGCCUUAACACGAAGUCUAAUACCAUUCUGUUUAAACCAGGAUCAACUCGUUUUGGCGAAUAUACAGCACCAUUGGAAUAUUGGGAAUACUUUUGUAGAGAGACUGUUCAAAAUUGUGAAGCCACUCGACAGAAAUCAGCUGACUUACGCGGAAGUCUCAAUGCUAUUUUAGUUAAUGGUGGUAGAAAGCUUAGGAAUCAAGCUGAUAGAACUGAUAUGGCAUUAGCAGAAACGGUCGCAAUAACUCAGGAACUUUGCACGAAAUUAGAAGAGACACUGCGAGAUAAUCUUCAAAGAAUUGCAGAUAUGGAGCUAUUAAUAAGUAACUUACAGGAUUCUGUUAGGAAAAUGGAUGCAGCGAUGAAAUUAGCUCAAACAAGGCUUGAUAAUAGAAAUAAUUGGAGGCCUCAUGGUGAAAGUGUUAGAGAUCAGCCUCAUUUGGGUUUGAUUGAGGAAGUGAAAAAGAUUCAUGAAACCGUUACAUCAUUGCUCUGUCAGCUGAAAAACGCAGAGAGAGUGAGACAAGGCCUUUUGGACAAGAGGAUAAUUUUAGAAAGAGACAUUGCAUCGAAAAGGAAGACAUUAAACAUUGAUCGAGACAGAUGUGGUAUGGUGCGUUCUCAUUACCCGUCUGCGUCGGAACUGGCUGGAUACUAAAUAGAUAGUCCUCCUAUUGUCCUCUAUCGCUUCUGUCCUAAACGCUUUUGUCACUAAUAUUCAUACAUAUAUUGCUUUUAAUGAAAUUACACAUAUUGUGAAUAAUUAUUUUAGUGAGAAAUUUGUCACUAUGAGGAUGACUCAAUUAAUAAACUAUUAUUUUCGUCUCGGGGCAACUUACCGCUUCUGUAGUCACCUUUCACUAUUUAUUGUCUUGUAAACAAGUGUCGAUUGCGUAAGUUCAUUGCAAAAUUAUACUGAGAUGCUAUUUUGAUUAAGAUAAAUCAUGUUCCAUUAUAUUCACUCAUUAGAAUGUUAUGUUAGAAACAAUAUUCAUUUUUGUUCGAAAUUUAAUAAAAGUUAUGUAACAAAUACUAGCUAUUAAAUUCUACAGCAAAGAAGCAAUCAAAAUAAAUACUUGAUUAAAGUAGGCUCUUACAAACAUUUGAGUCGUCAUUUUACAAGAUUACAUAAAAUGCAAAAUACCACUGGCUUAGAAUGUAGAUUGUACCGAGGAGAACCGUCAUAAAACUCAGUAAGUAGUUACUUUAGUUGAUUUGCCUUAAUAUCUCUGACUUAUUAAAUUUAGACGCAUCCGUUCUCGGACAGGAAUCGUAGUUUUCGCGUAAUUUACGACAUACUUUAAAGUAGAAUGUUCUGCUUUGCAAAACACAUAUUGCAUAUUGGAUAUAAACAGUUGAUACUAACGUUA